AGGUUCUUGUUUCUCUCUGUUCCAUGUAAGCUGUGCUUCUGUAUGAAUGAAUGAGUUUACACAAGAGAUCAGUUUUACUAACUUUGUGAAAGAGAUCUCAAAUCGUCAAUGACAGUACUAUCAAUGCCGCGACUAACCAGUAAUCAAGUGCUUUUUAUCUAAAUAAUUAUAAUGACGAUGUAAUAUAUUAUAUCUACAGAAAUAAUUCGAUUCAUAAAAUGAAACAAACAAUUGCAUUAAUUGCAUAACUUAUCCGUGAUGGUCAAUUACAGUUACAUAUUUAAUAAAAAAUGUUUCAUUGUCCGUUAAUCGUCCUCUAUACUAAUCUUCUUCACUAGAGUGUAUUGAUAGGUGCAAUAACAUUUGCAUACGAAGCAAGAAAAUGUGUAAAUCAGGAUUUGUAAAGAUGUAAUUAAUUAAACAAUAUCUUUAUAUGUCUAAUUAUUAUUUAAUAUAAUGAUAGCAAAUUUCGGAUUGAUUUAAUCUAUCUGUGUUGCGAAUUUUGUAUUUAUAACACGUUGGAUAUAUCAAUACAAAAUUUUCUUCGCGGUGAUAACAUUAGUGUGAAUCAGCGCUCUCUGUUUCUUCUACCAGAAGCUAUUAGAACAUGUCCAAAGUUGUUCAAUAACCUAUAGACGACAUGGCAAAGGAAGUACAUAAAUGUUUGAUAAAUUAUUUCUCACAGUUAGAGAAAGUAGAUUGCAAGUGGAAUGCAUUAUCCGAGGAAGCUAAACGGCCUCUACAUGCGUUGAGAAAUCAAUCAGAGCAACUCCGACUCGUCAUAAGCGAAGUUGAUGAUGCAGAACUCUGUAAAAUAGAUGAGCUACGCGAAAGAUUGAUUUAUAAAAUUCUUAUGGGGAUCGACAAUGAACUGACAUUGCUGUUCAACAUUUUAAUGCGAUUCAAUAACAUUAAUCAAGACUUAAAAAAUCGUUUAAACAAUCUGGAAGAUGCUCGAAGCAAGGUUUCGCUAGACGAGGGAACAAUGAAGGAAUUAAUCAAUGGAACACCCUAUAGACCACGAUUAAAUUUGCUUUUAGAAUGGGCUAUUGAGGCUUUCAAUUACUACCAUGAAUUAUAUCUUCUGAUCAAUGGAAAUAUGAAACAAUUCAAUUACAAAGAUGAAGAUACGAUUGAAAAUUUAACGAAGUCUUUUGUCGAGGACCGGUUUAAAAGGGCGCAGAUCGAACGUAUACUAUAUUUCACGCAAUUCUUAAUAAAAGAAUCUUUACGUUAGAAAUUUUUUUUUAUUGCGUGUAACUACCACAAAUCUUUAUAAGCAAAUAUUUUUAGAGCCUGCAAUAUUUUAUAUAUAACUAGAAUAAAUAAAAAUAUCUGUA